AUGGCCACUGUUCCUUCCUCUUCAAGAAGGCCGAACUUCACGAAGCCAGGUCUCCGAUGGCAGUUCGAAUUCAAUUCAGAGACUUCGUCGAUAAUAACUCCUGUGGCAGAAGCCCCGGAGGAAUUCGACACUAGGAGCCAGCUACUGAAGGCCAUCCAUUCACAGCAAAAUGAGCUCCUUUCUGUUGCAGAUUCAAAUCCCGAUGUAUGGGAGUUUUACGAUCAACACAAUAAGGCUGAAAGCAUGCAGGCAUCUAAUUUAAUCCUGGCAGCCUUCCUUAGAAAAAAGAAGAAGAAAGAAGAGAAGAAGCCCGUUCGGGUACUAAUGUGGAAGUCAAAAUUUCAGCCUUAUACUCCAAUGCGACAACAGCCCUUUCGUAGGGGAAGCGGCUUGGGCCCACGCUUCUCAAUACGUCCAGCUAUUCUAUACCGACUAGUCCGUACUCCAGCCAAGGAAUGCAGCAGGCAACUUAUCCAGGCCACUUCACUUCUUUUCCUUCCCAGCAGUACCGGCGAAGCAACAAAUCUCCUAUGUGUUUCAACUGUAGCGGCUUCGAACAUUUGCGGAACCAGUGCCCCUUCCACCAAAGGUCAAGUGAGCUCAGAGCUGGUCUUAUUCAUGACCAUAGUGAAUUUUGGCUUUCUCUUGAUCCUUCCAAGUUUAUAA